AUGGUGGCGAAUGCCUUGAGUAGGAAAGCGGCGAGCAGGGGUAGUUUGACAUUGUUUCUUGUGGGAGAGCGUCCUUUGGCUUUGGAUGUUUAUUCUUUGGCUAAUGGCUUUGUGAGGAGAUACCGUUCCCCGAUUGGUUGGUUUAAUGCUUUCAAGGUUAGGCCUUGGGGUACUGAUUGGUUGAGGGAUUCAAUGGAUAAGGUAAAGUUGAUCCAAGAGAGACUUCUCACAGCCCAGGGUAGACAGAAGAGUUAUGCUGACCCGGAGGUUCGUGAUUUAGAGUUCAUGGUCAGGGAGCUAGUUUUGUUGAAGAUGUACCAUUCCGAUGGUUCUCAUGUGAUUAUAUGGGAUUUAGUGUUACUUGAUCAGAAUCUGACUUUUGAGGAGGAGUCGAUAGCUAUUUUGGACAGACAGGAUCUUAAGUUGAGGUUGAAGGAAAUAGCUUCAGUGAAAGUGCAAUGGAGGCAUCUUCCUAUUGAGGAUGAGAGUCGGGAGACAGAUUCUGAUAUGCGAUCCAGAUAUCUCCAGCUUUUUGAGGAUACAGUACUUAUUGCUGAGAAAAGAACUCCUUAA